UUGGCGCCAGAAGACAAUGACCAUAAGAUGUUGAAGGACUUAUACCUGAACAGAGAUAAGUACUUUGACGAGACCUUGGGGAAAAACUGUAACCUUUAUAGGUACUUUAAUAUAACUAAGAGUAAUAUAAAGAAGCACCUGGACUACACAAUGGAAGAGUAUAUUAAUCGCAAAAAUGAAGAUGAAGAAAAGGAGUUGUAUCUGGUGGAUGGGAAUUCAUUUAACGGUAGCCCAGAUUGGAAUUUGCCACUGCCCAGAGAAAUGGAAUCGCAUAAGAUACCUGAAGCGGGAUCAGAUGAAAUAGUGCCAAUGGGUAGUAAGGAUCAGGGUAUUGAGCCUAAGUUUGAAAAUGAAGUGCUAGAGUCAAUAUAUAAAAUGAUACCAGAGGAAGCUGAUGAUGAGAUGUAUAAGUCAAGCAAGGACAAAAUGGUAGAAUUGUACGAAGAAGUGGGAGACAACGAUUAUGAAGUCUUCAAUGACCACAAAGUGUACACAAAACAGUACUUCCAGGAUUAUAAAAUGAUAUCGGACGAAGAAACAAAGAGAGAAAGGGAGCUGCUGCGUAGAGUAAUGAAGCAUCCAACAGUCUUUCCAAGUUAUCUCGAUCCACCAAACCCAGUACACAGAACGGGAAGAAGGCGAGAGAUACAAAAAAAGAGAGACUCAGGGAGGCUGCAGAGGUUACGAUGGGAAAUGGAUGUGGAUUUUAAAGACGAUAUCGCAAGAGGUAACUGGGACAAAGGGGAUCAGCUAACCAAGGAAUUUAAUGAUUCAAUUGAAUGGGAGGAGCUAAUGCCAACGCAUCAAGAUAGCAACUACUUUAAAAGGAAUUACUACGAAGAUGGGUUUGCAGACGAGGAUAGAACGCCUGACAGUUACUUUGACGUCCAGUUUAUAGGAUCCACAGACGCUUAUCCAUUUGCACUCUCAGCAGGAAUGCAAUUCACAUGGCCCAUAUACUGGGUACCUUGGCUUUGUAAGAAGAAUCCAAAAAUGAGGGGACAGCCAAUAAGAUCGCCGGUGUUUAACCUGGGUGGCAUAGAGCCACUGCAGUUGUGGUUCUAUCCGGAAGGUAGCGCACACUCGGCGGAUGGUUACUGCUCACUUAAAAUCAUAUCGCCACCGGGCUGGAACCUGCCAUACAGAAUAUACCUGUACGUGUUCAGCGAGUACAACAGAGUGGUCUUGGGGCCGAUGUACAGAGAGUCGGCAGAGUACAUAGCAAAUUCACUCAACACGUGCAGACUAGUGUCAAAAAAAAACAAGGAGCUCCUGGAAAACCCGGAAAACGAUAAGGAUUACGUGAUCCUGGGGCCCUCAGGAAACGUGUACGUGGGAGUGGGCGUAGUGGACGAACCGAUAAGGAGCCAUGAUCAGAAGCACGAGUUCAAAUACGACUGGGACGAGGGCGACUACGAGUUUAACCAGUGGCUGAAGAAGCAGACGUCGAACCCAGACGACAAAUUCACAAUGGACACAAUAGAAAAGGACCGAACACACUCAAUUUGGUACGAGUCACACAAGUAUAAAUACGUGCCGGAUAGACACAUCUCAAGGUACUGGAAGACGAGGUACAGCAAAGAUAUGGUCUGGAAUCCGCCGAAUCUAUCGUUUUAG